UCUCCCUCAGUGGAUUUACGCCCUAUAAACUCUGUGAAAACUUAACCCUGCUUUCAAACUGCAGUCAACUUUUCCUUCAGUUAACUCUGCAUUCAAUCUUUGGUCAGCUCUUCCUUUAGUUAACCCUGAAGUUUGUCACCCUGCGUUCAAACUGCAGUCAACUCUAGUCAGUUAACUGUCACUUCUUGUCAUCCUGAGGCUGCAUCAAGACGACCCUACGAUGCGAGGACUCCUUGUUCUUCCAGGAGCGCUGUGUCUGUGGGAUUUGUGCUCGCUGAAGCGUGUGUUUGUGUGCUCCAUAGGCUUGACGUUGGCUGGACUCUCCCUCCACUCUGUAGAGUGUGUGAUCAGUGAAGCCUGGACCCAGCAGAGCUGCAGCUCUAUGUCUCUCAGGCUGAUAGCAGGACAGGCUGGUAUCAGGGUCUCCUAGGUCUGUGGACUCAGUGGUGACUCAGUUGACUGGACUAAGUAGCGGUUUAAGUGGGUCUGCUCUUGGAUUAACGUAGCAGGUGUAAAACAAAAGCCUGAAACUACAUCCCCUUCAUACUGGUCUUGACGAGAAGAACGAAAACUGUUGGGAGAGGUUCUCUUCUGCACUGUUCAACCAAUGCAGUAAAUGUGGAGAAGGAGUUAAUAUGGAGUGUCACCUUCUUAACGUCCAAAAGCGGAAGUCACGUCACAGACUCUUUCAUUUUCCCUGAAACCAUAACAUCUGGUUGUUGGGGACUCUGCAGAGGUUAGCUGUUUGAUGGACAGACUGGACUAUGGACUCUGCUCUAAAGAAGGCCCUGUGCUGGACAGUGGACUCUGCCUCAGUGGAUCUUAUGUUGGGGCCAGAUACUGUACUCAGUCUUGAUAGUAUUCCAUUGGCUCCUACAGAGGUUAUUCACAGUCUUUGUCUAGUGGUAGUGGACCUUGUUCCAAGAGGACCAGACAGUAAGUGUGUCCAGUGUGAUGAGUGGACCCAUGGCUCAAUCCUCCUCCCUGCUGUGGGACAGACCCCACUCUCUUCUCCGAUGACCCCCUCCCCACGUGAGGCUGUGUGAGGCUCCAUGCACCCCCUCAUCAUGGAGGUCAUCCUCAACCUGAUAACUGCUGACCCCUCUCCAUCUCCCUUCCCCACCACCACUGAGCAGUUGGAGAUGAGUGGCUUAGCUCAGAUCCCCCAGGCAGUGUCGUGUGGGGAGGAUGGGUCUUUCUCUGGGGGUGACGAUGGCACCCCAGGCCCCCAGCGCACCAAGCAGGCCAUCGCCCAGCUGCAGCAGAAGAUCCUGAAGCUCACCGAGCAGAUCAAGAUUGAGCAGACGGCCAGAGACAGCAACGUGGCCGAGUACCUCAAACUGGCCAACAACGCUGACAAGCAACAGAGUGCCCACAUCAAACAGGUGUUUGAGAAGAAGAACCAGAAGUCAGCCCUGACCAUCCAGCAGCUGCAGAGGAAGCUGGAACACUACCACCGCAAGCUGAGGGAGGUAGAGCACAACGGCAUCCCUCGCCAGUCCAAGGACGUCCUCAGGGACAUGCAGCAGGGCCUAAAGGGCGUGGGGGCAAAGGUCACAGGCUUCAGCGAAGGUGUGGUGGACAGUGUCAAGGGAGGCCUCACCAGCUUCUCCCAGGCCACGCACUAUGCUGCCACCGGGGUCGUCUCCAAGCCCCGAGAGAUCGCCUCGCUGUUCCGCAACAAGUUUGGCAGCGCCGACAACAUCCCCGGGCUGAAGGACUCCUUGGAUGACCCGUCAGGUGUUGAGGAGGGUUUGAUGGGGGCCGGGGGGAGGUCUCUGGGCCUCGCAGGCCAACACCACCUGCAGUCCAGCCCCAAGUACGGCAGCGAGGAUGACUGCUCCAGCGCUACCUCAGGGUCGGCAGGGGCCAACAGCACGACUGGGGCCCCCGGAGGCCCCCCCAGCUCCAAAGGGAACACCCUGGAGAGGAGCCAGAGCUCCAGCCUGGACAUGCUGCUGCAGGAAGUGCAGGAGCUGAGGGAAUGCCAGGGGAGACUAGAGGAGAGUCUGGAGGGACUUAAGAGCCACUAUCAGAGGGACUACACUGUCAUCAUGCAGACCCUACAGGAGGAACGAUUCAGGUGUGAGCGUCUGGAGGAGCAGCUGAAUGAUCUGACAGAGCUUCAUCAGAAUGAGAUCCUAAACCUGAAGCAGGAGCUGGCGAGCAUGGAGGAGAAGAUAGCCUACCAGUCCUACGAGAGAGCCAGAGACACACAGGAAGCCCUGGAGGCGUGUCAGACACGUAUCUCUAAGAUGGAGUUGCAGCAGCAACAGCAGCAGGUGGUCCAGCUAGAGGGCUUAGAGAAUGCCACAGCCCGGACACUGCUGGGGAAACUCAUCAACGUCCUCCUGGCCCUCAUGGCCGUGCUCCUGGUGUUCGUCUCCACCGUGGCCAAAUGUGUGGUCCCCCUGAUGAAGACCCGCUCCCGGUCCUUCUCCACCCUCCUCCUCAUCCUGCUCUUCGCCUUCAUCUGGAGGAACUGGGACGCGCUGUCGGGCUGCAUGCACCGCGCCCUGCAGCCACCCAGAUGACCGCGUGGAGACGUGUGUUUCUAUGACUACGCAUGGGGGUGGAACUCUGUCCACACACACACAAGAAGCAGAAACAGCCUAACUGCCAAUGGGAUGUGGUGGUUGUGUUGACAGACGCCGAUGGAAUGAGCCUAUCUGUUGAGCUCAGUGAGGUGGGACUGAGGAGAAAGUCAGGGAAGGAGGGAAGAUGAGAAUACCACUCAGUUCUGACAUUCAUUUAGGAAGAAUGAGACUGUUUACAUUUUUGGAGAUCAGAAAUAGUGUUUUUUUUCUUUCACAGGAUGCAUCCUGACACUGUUUUAUUUCCUAGGAGUUAAUCAAGUAUAUUAUUGUCGUUAUUAUUAUUUCUAAUAUUAUUAUUUUAAUUUUAAAUGUUUUUUUAUUCAGUACCAUGUAGCGUUAAGCUCCUCCCACUCUGCACAAAGGGGAGCUGUCAGGAAACUGAUUGGAAGUUCACCUCAGAGGCUCAGGCCCUCUGCAGAGAAAUGCUAUUCUGAUUGUCUGCCUUUUCAGGAAGAAAGUGCUCUACCUGGCUGUUAUGGGUAGAAUAUAAAAAGAUGAAUGCCCUUGCACUUUUCCCCACACGAUGGAUUGAUUCUGAGAUCAGAAGGAACCUUUCUACAGAGGACUCUUUGUUUCCCGGACAAUACUUUGAGUGUCACGCCUAGAGACUCCUCGUGCUUCCGUACGGUUUCUACUAGCGAUCAUUUACAUCCUUUUCAAUUAAGAUAGGUGAUAUCAUGAAUGAUAAUGACUUCUAGAGUGUGGCACUAGCUUAGACAAGAGGGAGGGUUUAACAGUUAGGGCUAUUCGCCACAGAGCCACCAGAGACCAAAGGUACAAAUAAGGCCACUUUGCAGGAAAUGUGUAGUUGCCAUGAUACUGCUUUCACUGGUGCCCACUCAUUGUGUCAGCUGAAGUUCAUGUUGAAAAGGAAUGCUACUUUUGCCAGACAUAGACAACUGUAUCCACUGCUAUGCUACUGUUGUUCAAUGCGCUGCCUGUAUUACAAAUGUGACUCACUCCAUCACUUACUGUUCUCUCUCUCCCUUUCACUCUCUUUUCAUCCCCAUGUUUCCUCCAACAUUCUGUCCUAUGUGCCAAAACUCUCCUGUUUCACCUGGUUUAUAAAUAGGCAGGUUUUUAUGUUCUUUCUUUCUUUGGUAUGUAAAGAGAAAAGACCCAGAGCAGGUCAUAUAGCCUUGUGGGGAUGAGAGGCCAUAGCAGAUGGUCAUAGGCAAAAUGUCAAUUACACCCUAUUCCCUUUAUAGUGCACUGCUUUUACUGUGUAUAAUAGAGAAUAGUGUGCCAUUUGUGAUACAAAACAUACAGUUCUCUUCGAUGAUCAGCCAACUGUACAUACGGCCUACUUGUAUGUCUCACCUUGGAUUUGAGGUGUAUGACAAAUAAUAUUAGCCUGGUCCCCAGAUCUGUUUGUGCUUUAAUAGCCAACUCCUCUGAUUCAUGGUCAUGACAUUGCAGAAGAAUUGACUAAACAAAGCACAAACUGAUAUGGGACCAGGCUAACAGAAUAUACCUUAACAAAGCCACUUCUGAGUAAUUGCUCUGAGACACUCACUGCUAAUGAUCUGAUGUGUGUUUCCUAAUCUGGGUCCUUGAUUACUGUUGAAUAUGCUGGCUCUCAAUCCAUUUUAUCCUCCCAUUCAUCUGUUCAAGGACCUUCAGUCGACCUAGCUGACAUGAAUGAGUCCAUCUGAAGUCCAUUCUGCAGCUCCAUUGGGAGCUUGUUUGAAGAUAACUGAUAUUGGGAAUAGCAUUCUGGGACAAGGGUUGAGAAACACUUUGUACAUUUCGUCCUAUACAUAGCCCUCUCUGAUGGUUUAGGCCUAUCAUUUCUUCCUAUACAUAGACCUCUCUGGCGGGUUAGGCCUAUGUUCAGGAUCAUUGAAACAGAUUUAAACCAGAAACUGAAUUUGUGUCAGUCUCAACUCGAAAUAAGAAUUCAUGAAACUCACUGGAUAUUGUUGCACACCAAUCAGUUUAAAGACUGUUCAUUGUUUUGAUCUUGAACGUGCCACAGGUGAAUGGCUCCUGAGUUGACUUCUGACUUUGGUGUGACCUUGCCGUGUCCUCUCUGGUGUAUGGUAGGGUAGGGUUGUGUGCUAAACCACUCCAGUGCCUUCUGAUGUCCUUUUCUAAGUGUGGGACAAUAAAAGUGCAUUCCUGACUAA